UUUCAUCUCUACCGGCAUUAUAUAGCGAUCAUAAUUUUUUAACUUAUUCUUGUUUGACUCGUUAAAUAUGAAGCUAGCUCCGACUGUAAAAUUGAACAAUGGCUAUGAAAUGCCAAUUUUGGGCCUAGGAACCUACAAUUCCAAGGACAACGAAGGCGAGGCUGCUGUAAAGCACGCCAUCGAUGUGGGUUAUCGUCAUAUAGACACCGCCUACUUUUAUCAAAACGAGGCAGAAGUGGGCAAGGCGAUUCGGGAUAAAAUUGAAGAGGGAGUGGUUAAGCGAGAGGAUAUUUUCCUUGUUACCAAGCUCUGGAAUGUUUUCCACGAUCCUGAGCUCGUUGAGGGCAUUUGCCGCAAACAGUUGAGCAACUUUGGCUUGGACUACAUCGACCUGUACCUGAUGCACAUGCCAGUGGGCUACAAAUAUGUUGACGAGAACACUCUUUUGCCAAAGAAUGAGGAUGAUGUGCUUCAGCUCAGCGAUGUUGACUAUCUGGAUACGUACAAGGCCAUGGAAAAACUGGUGAAACUGGGGCUGGUCCGCAGCAUCGGAGUUUCCAACUUCAACAGCGAACAGCUGGCACGAGUUUUGGCCAACUGUGAGAUCAAACCCGUCACCAACCAGGUGGAGUGCUCACCAGCUCUCAACCAGAAGGCCUUGACUGCCUUCUGCAAGAAGAACGAUGUCACUGUGACGGGUUAUACUCCGUUGGGAAAGCCCAAGCCUGAUAUCCAAAAGCCGGAUUUUAUCUAUUCCCCGGAAGUGGUCGCUAUUGCCCAGAAAUAUGGCAAGACUACACCGCAGGUUGUCUUGCGUUAUCUGGUUGCCCUUGGUGUUAUCCCUAUUCCCAAGUCGUCGAAUACUAACCGAAUCUCGGAAAACUUCGAUAUCUUCGAUUUUGAGUUGACCACCGAGGAAAUGUCCGUUCUCGAUGGCUAUCACACUGGCGAACGCGUUGUGCCAUUAAAUUUGAUCAAGGGCCAGAACCACAAGUACUAUCCGUUUGCAAUUGAGUUUUAAACCAGUGCAAAGCGCUUUUCUAUAAUAUGUAUAAAUACUACAAUAAACAAUGGAUGUGUUACACAUGAA